GGAUGAAGAAGGAUGCUGGAAAUGGCACUAAAUCAUUUGGUUAUUUCUCAGUGUUAGAAUAUACUUCUACAGUUUACUGCAUGUUAAUGUCGUUGCUCUUAUACCUUCUUUUUCUUCUUUUUCCUCCCUUAUGCAUUGCCUCUCAGCACUGGAAAGCCCUAUUUGAUCAGUUUGAUCCCGACAACACUGGCUACAUCAGCACUGAGAAGUUCCGCUCCCUUCUCCAGAGGCACGGCUCGGAGCUGGACCCCCACAAGCUGGAGGUCCUGCUGGCCCUGGCAGACAGCAACUCCGAGGGGAGGAUCUGCUAUCAGGACUUUGUCAACCUGAUGAGCAACAAAAGGUCGAACAGCUUCCGGCAAGCCAUCCUGCAGGGGAACCGGAGGCUGUGCAGCAAGGCACUGCUGGAGGAGACGGGGCUCAGCCUUUCCCAGAGGCUCAUCCGGCACGUUGCGUAUGAAACCCUGCCCCGAGAGAUAGACCGCAAGUGGUACUACGACAGCUACACCUGCUGCCCUCCACCCUGGUUCAUGAUAACCAUCACUAUCGUAGAGGUUGCCUUUUUUCUUUACAACGGAGUGGUAUUAGACAGAUUUGUGCUGCAAGUCAGCCAUCCCUUAUACCUGAAGAACGCAUUACUUUACCAUCCUCAGCUCCGUGCUCAGGCUUGGAGGUACCUAACCUACAUAUUCAUGCAUGCAGGGAUAGAACACCUUGGACUCAAUGUUGUCCUCCAGCUCUUGGUUGGGGUUCCCCUGGAAAUGGUGCAUGGCGCUGCGAGGAUCAGUUUUGUGUACAUUGCUGGAGUUGUGGCAGGGUCCCUGGCAGUGUCAGUAGCUGAUAUGACUGCGCCUGUGGUGGGCUCCUCUGGAGGCGUGUAUGCUCUUGUCUCAGCCCACUUGGCCAAUAUAGUCAUGAACUGGUCAGGAAUGAAGUGCCAAUUCAAACUGCUGCGCAUGGCUGUUGCCUUGAUCUGUAUGAGCUUUGAAUUUGGAAGAGCCGUGUGGCUGCGAUUCCACCCCUCCGUUUACCCACCCUGCCCACACCCCAGCUUCAUGGCUCACCUGGGAGGGGUGGUGGUUGGAAUCACCCUCGGUGUCAUCAUCCUGAGGAACUAUGAGCAGAGACUCCAAGAUCAGACUUUAUGGUGGAUCUUCCUUUCUAUUUAUGUCAUUUUUGUCUUGUUUGCCAUCUUCUGGAACAUUUUUGCCUACAGCCUGUUGGAUCUAAAGCUACCUCCCCCUCCCUGAUGACAUGGGACAGAAACUCGAGACCAGAAGUCAUCUGUCAGCUAUGUUAAGUGAAUGAAGAUGGAGGAUCUAUUUUUAUAUUUAACUUAGGGGAGGAUGAUUCUUUUGAACAGAGGUGUGUGCUGGAGGAGAAGCUUAACGAUCUCAUGAAAGACUGGGCUGGUCAGUUUGUUCACAAAUCUAGCAGGUACUGUAAAACUGGCUGUCCUGACCCUGCAGUUGCUCCCCUGGCAGGGCUCCCACGGGGCAGCUUACACCUGGGCACUGAGCACUUGGUUUGUUAGCACACAUCAGGAUUUUGUACAAGAUAUUUGUAUUUUCCAGGUCAGUGCUGGAAUUAUGGCCAGUGGUUGAAGGAAUCUCUUCAAUAUUACUGAACACUAAAAGGGAAACAAGCAGAUGUUUGCUCAUGAGAGACUCGCAUGGUACUUGCAAGGCAGCUUGGGUUUGGUUUCUGAGGACACAUUUGACUGUUCAGCCAUACCAGUGCCACUGUCUAAUUACUUGAAUGCUUUCUAAGAUAUUUUAGCCUAUGGUGAAACCUGUAUUAUGCACCUUGCAAAGGAAUCAGCAGAACUCGAUCACCCGAAGUGAUGGAGACUGGUCUUCAACUACAGGUCAAAUGAAAUUGCACUAUAAACCUUGGGAAUCUUAGAGUGUUGUGGACACCCAGCCAGAGGUGACUUUUACUGUGCAUGUUUCACCUGAUUUUAAUUCAUUAUCCCUCCUCCCCAGCCUGCUGUGGCAGAGAGUGUAGCUGCGGGUUCUUUUUGGGGUGGAGAAAAUGGAGGGCAAAUGUUCAAUUGUGUUUUUAUCAGCUGACAAUCAGGUGCAGUUUUCUUCUCUCUUUAUUUCUGGCCACGUUGAUCUAACACCUAACCUGCAGUGAGCUCCCAGCAAGGAUCUCAACUCUUCCAGCAGGUUCUUACUAGAAAAGUGGGACCAGGAUCACCUAUAGCAGUGCAGGGUGGGGACUAUCUAGUCUUUACAGCCAUACAGUCCAUUUGGGACCAUAUCUGUCCACGGAAGUCCCUGGAGUUGAAUCAGGUUGUGUGUAGCACUGGUUUCCCACUGAAGUGGACAGGGUGUUACUGUGUUGCAGUGAUCAUUGUGAAAUUGAUUAAAUUGGUUUUAAAGUGACUGCUAAACCUGAGGAGCCUCUUCCUGAAGCAAGGGGUGUUCAGGGGCUCCAGGCAACAGUUAGUUGCAAUGAUGCCUUUUUCUUUAACAUUGGCCAAGCCAGGUUUUAGCAAUCUGUGUCUGGUCUGUAGCACAGCCCAUACCGUUGCCUGCACGGAUCUGGGGAUCAGACUGGAACAUCUGUGGCACAAGCAAUGCUCAUAGGUACUCUUCUCUGUAAAGUGCUUAUGUUAUUUUUCAUCUCACUUUAGAGAGCUGCCAAACUACAGUCCAGGAUUGUGGAUGCCCUUCUUUUCUCUCCCAUUUACCCACCUAGUUUGAUGGCCUGGAUAAAGCAGCCAUAGGAGUCUCUCUAGACUAGCUUCUCUCUUCCUUCUUGCUCUUUGCAUACUGGCGCCCAGGCACCAGCCACCAGAGCCUUCCACAGCACGUCUCACAGACUCUGUAGCAGUUGUGUUUGCUCUGUAGCAAAAUGUCUCUGUAUCAUGGGCUUUAUUGUCUCAGCUGUGCAAUGAGUGCUGCCAGAUACCACAAACUAGGAGGAGUCUGUCCUGGAGAGGACAUUCACAAGUGCUUAUCAGCUGCCCCCUUUUCUGCCUCUUACGGGAGAAAUCUCUCUGAUCUGGAAGGGUGAAGUUCUGCUCCCAGAGUAUGCAUAUUACAACUCCUGUUGCUCUGGGGGAAGAAAAGGGGCAGAAAAUAAGUGUUUCUACAGCCUGGAAUAAGCCUUACCUGCUAAAGAAACAAUUUUGGCACCUUUGUGCACAGGAAUGGGGUCUCUGAGGGCAAUUGCACCUUUGUUGUGGUACUACAGUGUUCAUGGGUCCUCAGAUCAAGGAAGAAGAGGAGGGGAUAAGGGUCACAGCUCUGUUUUGGGGAAAGGGGUUGGUUCCUGUGCUAUUUCACCUCUGCAGUUUGGGUCCAGAUCAAAGCAGUCGUAAGAGUUUACAUGUGCAUCAUUUCAGGUGCUGGCCCUGUGAGUUCUGUAGCAGUGGAGAUCAUCUCCCUGGGGAGCAGCAGGCAAGCAGGAGAGCUAAGACAAUACUGACGGGAGCUUGGGUAACACGUAAGGAGGUCAUUCCUUUCCUCACCUAUUGCUAAGCCUUUCUGAUUACAGAUGCCUUUAAAACAGAUGUGAGCAGAAAUGGGAAUUCUCUGGAAGUUUUAGGAAAACUUUGGAAAAUUUUGGUAUAUUUUCCUUCGCAGCAUAUCCCAGAGUAUUUUAUAACCUACCAGAGUGCAGUAUGCACCAAGUGACUUUUAUUUGUGGUUUCUCAGCUGAAAGCUACUUAAUGCCCAUCAGUUUCUCCCCAGUAAAGGUUUCUAUUCCUGCCAGUGGUGUGCUCUAUGGUGAAGCAGCAAGCUACAAGUUCAAGGGCCACCAGUUUCUUCAUCAGCCUGGUUUCGACCAGCGUAUCUGUGCCUCUGCUCAGGAGUAGUAGGGAGCUGAGCAGGGUAAUCCAGGCACCAUUCUUUAGUCCUUUAUCCAUAGAUGAACAUAGUUGACAUGAACUGGUUGAAAACAGCUCUGAAGUUGACCUUAUAACUUGUUCUUCUAAACUGUUAUUCAUCUUUCUGACUUUGAUUUUGUGUCCCCAUACCCUGUCUGAGCAAGUCUACAAGCAGCCCUGGGAAUCAGAAAGGCCAGACUUUAAAGCAGUAUUAGAUGUAUUGUGAGUGAAGAUGUGAAACCCUCUUACAUUCCUGCUCAUCAGAACUGAAUUCUCCCCCCAUACAUAGAGCAGGUUGUACACAGAGCCUGUUGUCUGCUAGGAAUCUGUGAGCUCGAGGAGUCAGGAGCAGUGCAAAGUGCUUAAGUUUUUAUAAUAUUUCUUUCAUCAUUAAAAUGACGCUGUGAAAACUUGAUGUGUUUUUGCAGAGUAUCAGGUAAUUCAGUGAUGUUAUUUUCUAGCACCCAGAGUGCCACAGUGCUGCAGCACCAGAGAGCUAAUAGCAGCCAGGCUUUUCCUUUACCUCCAGACGUCCUUGAAGCUGCUGGCUUAUGUCAGAGACGUAAUAUUCUGCAUUCUGCUCAUUUGUGGUUCCAACUUGUCACAGUCAACAACUUGUUCCUGAAGGAGCCGUCCACUGAGGGUCGGGUUUUGGUGAUUCUUUUGGUCUUAUUUCAGCUGCUGAGAGGAUUUUACAUCAGUCAGAGAAAAUGUGGAUCUAUUGAACCUUACAGAUGUGCAGUGCUAAAGCAGAAGGCAAGGACUGUUACCGACAGAUGGAUUUGAACAGUGCAUAUUAGAGGAAGUUAUUUUAUGCUUGUGUCCUUGAGUGAGGACACACCUGUGCUGGACUUCCCUUUUAGUAAGUAUAUUGCAGCACUGGUCCAGGAUGGGUGCAGGGAGCAGUAGUGCACACUGGGAGAGCCGGGGUGCUGGCUGUAGAGCUCCUUCAGGGACAUCUGCCGGCAGCACGGCACAGCACAGCACAAGAUGGGGCUUGCCAAUUGCACCUUUGAGUCCUAGAUGCUUGGAGACAGGCAGAGAUUAAUUUUGCACACAUUGGUAAGGAGGAGGGGGAGGCUUGUAAGGGAGUGAUGAGAGGAGGUUGCAAGAAACCAUCUCUGAGUGAGGUGUAGAGGAGCUGUAAAAUGCUGAUGAAUUACUUUUGAGUUUACUUAGAGUUCUUAAAACAACAUCUCAUGUCACUCUUUCCCCAUCAGUCGAUGAGGAAUCUUAGCACUUACGUGGCAUACUGUGGUUCUUCACUACUUGCUCCUUUAGCAGUAGGAAGUAUUUUAUCAAUGGGAGAGGGAGAGGACAGAGAAAUUAUCAUUGUCUGAGGUUGCUGGACUAGAAAUAAAGCUCAGGGAUUCUGUAUCCCAAGACCUUGCCCCUUCUGAUGGGUUAUGCUGCCCAGAUUAGACAGUUUCAAUUUGAACUGGGGUAUGAAGGGUGGAAUCUGACACGUUUAGAGCUGGUGCUAAAAUGAUAGCUAUCUGCUGACCUCACAAGACAGCUGCUGGUCUGUGCCAAUAUUUAGUCUCACAGGAUGGUGAUAGGACUUUCACACCUACUUCAGUGAGUAAAGAGCUCAAAGUCUGUUUACAUAGAUCCAAGCUCAGCUCAAUCGCUUUGGAAACCCCACCCACUUGGCUUUUGGCUUUACCCAAAGUGGAACUAGAGGAUAUGGAUGUAGUUCAACACCGGCAACCUCUGGAGGUAAGCUGGGAUCUAGAGAGCAAAGGCCAGCACCUCUGGGGUUUCAGCCUCUUUGAAUAUUGCUGCUGUUGUGUUUCUUUUAUAGCAGUGGCUGCUCUGCAGUGCUCUGUGCUGCGACUCAAAAAUUCCUCCUGCAAUCACUGAUGCUGAGAGCUGGUUACAAGAGAAAACAGUGCGUUUUGCAGCUCUACAAAGAAAGAAUCACACAUAAGGCAGAAACCAAGCUUGUUUAAAGGUAAAUGUAUUUUUAGUGUCAGCAUUAAUCAUUGGCUUUUAAUUGGAAAAAGCUUUCUAAUGAGGUAUUUCUCAAAUGCCAGUAGUAAUACAGAAAAAUUUAUGUUUCAGGGUACUUUACACUAAAGAGCACAAAAUAUUCCCUACGUCUGAUUUAAAAUGCAAAAGUACCUCAAAUUUCCAGUGAGCUUAAUAGACACGUUAGUCACUGACUGUCUUCUGACUCCCCCACAGUGUCUGUUUAGUUUGCAAAUAAAGCUAGAUUUAUGCAGCUUUUCUUUUGCUUACACUACUAAUGCCACCAACACAGCCAAGUGUUAAACACAGAGCACUAAACAAUGUAAUUUUCUGCCUUAAAAUACAGAACAAAUGAUACUUCCCCGUUAAGGGCUAGUAAAACAAAAUGAUACUUGCAAGGUAAGAGGCUAUGGUAUGUUUCCAAAUAUUUUUGUAUCGUGCACAUUCUGUAUAUUUUUGUUGUAAUGAUAUUAUUUGAGCGCAGAAUCCAUUAAAUUUUUUUGCUGGUG